UUCCAUGGAGGGGCCUUAAAGGGGCCGCGCCCGCAGCCGGAGCGGGAGCGGAGAGCCGCCCCACACGGAGCCCGAGGGAUUUUCCUGCCCCAGGGAGAGCCAUGGCCGAGAAGGUCCUGGUGACGGGCGGCGCCGGCUACAUCGGCAGCCACUGCGUGCUGGAGCUGCUGGAGGCUGGAUACGUCCCCGUGGUCAUCGACAACUUCCACAACGCCAUCCGAGGGUCGGACGCGCUGCCCGAGAGCCUCCGGCGGGUGGAGCAGAUCGCGCACCGGCCCGUCCUGUUCCAGGAGCUGGACAUCACCGAUGGGGCCGCGCUCCAGGAGCUCUUCGGGAAGCACCAGUUCUCGGCCGUGCUGCACUUCGCGGGGCUGAAGGCGGUGGGGGAGUCGGUGCAGAAGCCUCUGGAAUAUUACAGAGUGAACCUCACCGGGACCAUCCGGCUGCUGGAGACCAUGCAGGCCCACGGCGUGAGGAACAUCGUGUUCAGCAGCUCUGCCACCGUCUAUGGGGACCCCAAAUACCUCCCCCUGGACGAGAAGCACCCGGUGGGAGGCUGCACCAACCCCUACGGCAAAUCCAAGUUCUUCAUCGAGGAGAUGAUCCGGGAUCUCUGCAAAGCAGAGCGGGACUGGAACGCCGUUCUCCUGCGCUACUUCAACCCCAUCGGUGCCCACGAGUCGGGGAUGAUCGGGGAGGAUCCUCAGGGGAUCCCAAACAACCUCAUGCCCUACGUGGCGCAGGUGGCAGUGGGACGCCGGGAAUUCCUGAGCGUGUUUGGGAACGACUACAAGACGGAUGACGGAACGGGAGUCAGGGAUUACAUCCACGUCGUGGAUCUGGCCAAGGGCCACAUUGCUGCUCUGAAGAAGCUCAAGGAGAACUGUGGCUGCAAGAUCUACAAUCUGGGCACAGGCACCGGCUACUCUGUCCUGCAGAUGGUCCAGGCCAUGGAGAAAGCCUCGGGGAGGGAGAUCAAGUACAAGGUCACGGCCCGGCGGGAGGGGGACGUGGCCUCCUGCUACGCGGACCCAGCGCUGGCCGAGCGGGAGCUGGGCUGGAAAGCUGCCUUUGGGCUGGACAAGAUGUGUGAGGACCUGUGGCGGUGGCAGCUGCAGAAUCCCACGGGCUUCAGCAAGAACUGAGCUGGGGCCGAGGGCUGGCCGGGCUCGGGGGCUGCUCCAGGCCAGCCCUUCCUGCCUCCCGCAGCCCCAGCAGGGCCAACACCAUCCUGGGAGCAGCUCCAGCUCCCCCUCCUGCCUCUGGCACGGGACAGGAAGGCUGGAGCAUCCUCAGCCUCCCUGCUCCUCAUCCUCAUCCCCCUCGGGUCCUUUGCAUCUCACAGAGCAGAACCACAACGGAGAGAAGAGCCAGGGCUUGGUUUGGCUCCCAUGGAACCCCCCACGGGAAUGUCCAGGGGCUGUGCUUGGCUGGGUCCUGCAGCUCCCUCCCUGUGCCCUGGGAAGUGGCUGCAUCCAGCACUUGGACACUGGGAGUCCUGCUGAGCCCAAACUGCAGAGGAACUCCCCCCCACCCAUUCCCUGCUGCCCCACCUGGCUCUUGGUCUCGGGGGGAGGCACCCACAGCCCCUGCCCUGGGCAGGGAGAAGGUGCUGAGCCCCAGGAACACCCCCCUUCCCCACUCCCACAGGGACCAGUCACAUUCCAAGGCCACCAUGGCUCAUUUCCCCAGCCCAGGUCUCCGGGGCCAAGGGCUUUGCACACACCCACACCCACCUUUCCCCACCCCCAGCAUGGUUUUGGGGACCAAAUCUCAUCCCACGUGCUCCUGCUGAGCCAGAGAACCCCCUGCCAGGGCAGUGCCAGCCUGGCCCGGGUUAUCACCCCACUGGUGCCUGGUUUUGGUUCCACGUUCCCUGUGGCAGCCGCUUCCCAAAUCCCGUUGCCAAAGGCUGCCCAGGAGCCUCUCGUGCUGCUCCUGUUUAUUCCUGGCAGCUCCCAGGGCUCUGUCAGGCAGGGAUGACGCAGUCGGCCCCCUUUGCUGGCGGCUGGAUGAAUAACUUAUGCUUCUAAAUUAUGAAUUGAGCUUUUGAUUUGUUUUUAAAUAAACUUUCCUACUUUCUAA